GACCAGUGUAAACCAUUUGGUCUCAACAUGAAUAAAUCUAUUCUUUUUCGAUAUAGAUAAUUAUUUAUAUGUUAGUGAAGUAAAUAAAUCAUUGAUUGAACACGAAUGAUUCGUUGAUCAAUAAUCUGGAAAAAUUUUGUUUUUAAUCACUUCUUGAAUUUCAUUCAAAAACUUCAUAAAUACUGCCCUGUAGUGUAAAGGCUCUAUAAACCCAACUCUGUUUAAAUGUCAUCUACCGAAACUAAAUGGAGCAAAAUAGUCAAUUAAAAGAGGACUUUUCAAGUUUCUCAUUAUUUGGCAAUAAGGAAAGUACAAAUAUAAAUUAACGAUUUUGUACAAUUUAAACAAAAUUCACUGAAAACAGUUGUUAAAUCUUAUGACAGUGAAAAUCCAAAUCUGCUCCUCAUGGUACUUGACUCAUAGAAAUAGUAAACUGAUAGACCUCUUUUUUUAGACCACAGAAAACAGCUCUCCAAUUCAUAACAACACAUAUAGCACAAAAUAAAUAAAACAAAAUUCCCUGCCCUUGGUCCCUUUUUGGAAAAAAGUAUAUCCAAAUUUAUCCAAAAAAUUGAUAUUUUGUAACACUUAUACGGUAUAAUAUUAGUAACGAAAUCUCGAACAAUUAUAAAGUUACUCAACCGAUUAGAGAACCAACAAAAGUAACUGUACAAUUAGAUUCCAUUCUAAUCAUUUUAUACAUGCAGGAGGUGAAAAAUUGGGUGGCGUUGUGAUGACAGGUGAGUUUUUCUGUGGAAAUGGUUCGCUUCUUAGGCAGUUAUGGAGGAAAAGGUUGAAAAAGCAAUGGAUCAACAAUUUUGUUUGCGUUGGAACAAUCAUCCUACAAAUUUAACUGAUGUGCUGAGUAGUUUAUUAAGAAGAGAGGCAUUAUGUGAUGUUACAUUAGCGUGCGAUGGAGAAACCUUCAAAGCACACCGAACAAUACUGUCGGCAUGUAGUCCUUAUUUUGAAACAAUAUUCAUAGAAAAUGCUCAUCCACAUCCAAUAGUUUUCCUCAAAGAUGUCAAUUACAACGAAAUGAAAGCACUGUUAGAUUUUAUGUAUAAAGGUGAAGUAAAUGUGUCGCAGAAUCUAUUGCCAAUGUUCCUAAAGACGGCCGAAGCUUUACAAAUAAGGGGUCUUACGGAUAACAAUUCCCUCAAUAAUAAGAGUGAAGAAAUAGGUGUUGUGCCAAAGAGGGAAAAAGAACAAGAUAAAUCAUUAGAAAGGUACUCUCCCCCAAGUGAAAAACGAAAACGAAAGUCUGCAAGCUGUGAUAACUCUAAUUCAGUUUCUGACAGGUUUAGUGAGUCUCAGGCCCAACCUCAAAGUAAUUUUAAAUCGAGUCCCACUCUACCAAAGUUAAACCCUAUAUCACCAUCUGAUAGAGAUGGCUAUGGGCCCGAGGAUAUGAGAGUAACUUCACCUCAUAUAAAACAGGAACCUUCUCUAGAUUCAAGUCCUCUAGUAGAUUCUUUUCAUUCGAUGUCGGAAACACUACAAACGGGUGGCAGUGUAAGUGUUCAUUCGGAAGAAAUGAAACUGCAAAGUUUGUCAGACCAAGGAGAUAACGAUGGUGUGCCAACGAUACCUCCACCAGAAAUGGCCGAUACAAUCGAUGGUUCGAAAACCUGGCACAUGCGACUUACUUUCGACAAACUGCCAGGCGCCUGCAAUCUGCACCGGUGCAAAUUGUGUGGAAAAAUAGUGACGCACAUUAGAAACCACUAUCAUGUGCACUUCCCGGGCAGGUUCGAGUGCCCUCUGUGUCGAGCCACUUACACGAGAAGCGACAACUUGCGCACGCACUGCAAAUUCAAACAUCCGCGUUAUAAUCCCGACACGAGGAAAUUCGACGGUUCAACGCCAUCUAUCGUCAAUGAGACCGCGGCCGACUGAUUGUUGCUCUAUAAUUAUUUCCACUAUUGGGCCAUGUGCUCCUAGCUCGCGGCCCCCUUCAAUCUGGUCCCCUUUCAAUGAGCGAGAGUAUUAGUCGAUAUUUCCAUCCAUAAAGAGGUUAGAUCUAACCUAAAAAAAAACACCUAUUAAAAAAGGUUCAGAAGGAAGUCUAUUUAAUUUAAGAUUCUGUGAAAUUGUGUCCGAUUUGUUUUUAUUCAACUUAUUUCUUUAGAAUCAAUCAAUCGAUGAUGCGGUUUAGAAUGAAUUCUUUGGUUUCUAUUACUAGUUCCAUGUUAGGUUGGACCAACUUGAAUUUGUUGGUAAUUUAAAGUUGUGUAAAAAGUGAUUAAUCUGACCAACAUCUUCAAAUUUUUAGAACGUGCUGUUAGAAAAAAUAAUUCUAUCAUAAUAAGAUUGACUGGAAAUUGGAGUAAUUUGAAAAUUCUAAUAAAUUGAACUUAUACUUUUUCCUCUUGUAGUGUUUCAUUCUUGUUACUAGUUUAGUAGUAUCCAGAUAGUUUAGCAACUAUACAAGACACAAUUUCAAUGAAAAUAUUCUCAAAUUAAUUAUUAUUCCUUGAUGAUAUUGAGAAAAAUCGACUAUGACGAUCGCCGAUAUAUUCUAAAAAAUUUGUGGCCUCUUCAAAUGAAACCAAGCCCCAGCCAAUGACAUUGCAAUACAUCACAUUGAAAAAAAAAUCGAAAUAUCAAAGACUGAGUCCCCAAUGUUUUCUCCCAGUAUUCUUCAGUAAAUUUGAUACUUUUGGUUAAAAACUUAUUUUGACUUUUUGAGUGAUUGUGUUGUAGCUGUUUCUCGUGUUUUAUUAUUUACUUGUAAAGGGGGUCGCAUUAUCUGCUCUUUUUAUAUUUGAUAGUUGUCCAAGUCUUUCAAGGUCAAUUCCUCAAAAUGCUUAUUUUCUCGAAAGCAUGGAAUGUGCUUUGAUUGUACUUUGAAUUCGACAAAGAAGCAACAAUAGAUCUGUUUUAAUUGAAUCUUUCCGUCCUAAAAUGAAAUGAUAAAAGUAUUAAUAUUUUGCUAUGGUUCUCAUUUUAUUGUAUUGUUCAACAUCUGGAGAGUUAGUGGAGAAUUUAAUAGUCACGUUGGCACUGUUUAUGGUACUUAUUAUCAAAUAGGCCAACAUCAGAAAACCAGAUUAUCUGAAUUCUUAGUGUUCAAGAUUGUCUUUAACUAUACCACAAAUCCAAGCAUUUAAUCAUUCUCUUAUCAAUUUAUUCAAUGAAAAUUUUUGAAUUUAAUGUUUUUAUUACUAUAUAGUUUGUAAUUCAAAGUGCAAUAAUUGAACCACAUUUGAUAAAUCUAUGCAUCAUAAGCUAAAAGAGUCUGUGAUGUCUUUGGGAUUUAUUCAGAAACCUUGGAGUAGUUUAUGUUAACCGUCCAAAAGUGCAUUUUGAAUAAUGAUCAUUGGCAACUGAUGCUGUAAAAAGUCUGUUUUUAUAUUAAAUCUAUCAGAUUUAAUAACGAAAAAUAUGGUAAAGUUAAGUGCAAUUUUUUCACAUUGGUAAUACCUCAUCUUUCUCCUUGUUACUGUUUAAAAGUAUUUUUAACUUAUAUGCUGCCUUUAUUUUUAUCUUUUCGUAAUUUUGAUAAAAUUUUUUCUAAAAUUUCGUUUUCGAAUCUUGUUUUAUUUUAUAUGGAACUUUGGAAGUUUUGGAACGAUAUAUAAAAUUAAAGCUUACUAUUUAUUAUUGCCAGCAAGCAAUAUAGUUGAAACUGUUUUGUUCUGGGAACAAAUUAGCUUACUGUGUCAUGGAAAUGUCCAUGACAAUGGCUGCCUGUAAUUCUAUUAAUUUUUUGAGCGUGAUAUGUUUUAUUCAAUGUUGGUACCUUAUAUAUUGUAAAUAAGUAAUUUGUGGUGUUGAUACGGUGUGGUUCUUUCAUAUAAGAUUAUGUUUCGUACGAAGAAGAAGCUUCUAAUAUAUUUGUAAAAACUUAUUUACAUAAUAUGGAUCUAUAAAGUAUAUUUUAGGAACUUUGAAAUACAUUUGUUGUUAGUUUUUAUAUUAAUAUACUACUAUACUAAAAAAAUUUAUAUCAUAAUAUAUUGGCAUUAAGAAGGUUCAAAAAUCCGAUGGAUCAAGAAAAUUAAAAAAAGAUUGUGAUAAUAUAGGGAUGGUGCUAAGCAACUUUUUCUAUCAUAUUUGAAAUGUGCAAUAUUUAGUUUUAUCUUUGUUAUGAUACUGUUUUCAGAGUGACUAAUAGCUGUUUUUUUGUUUACCUCUACAAGGUGAUGUUGAGCAUUAAGAUUCUCAAAAAUAAUUAAUGAUAUUAUGAUUUCUGAUUCUUCAGUCACUAUCAAAGCCAUUUUUUCUGUUCAAAUUGAAGUUUUUUAAAUACUACAUAAACAUAACAUUGUACUGUCUACAAAUUUCUCUUCAUCAAUUCGUAGAGGUAAAAAAGUCUAACAUCACUCUGUUAGUCAUCAAAUAAUUUAAUAAUAAUAAUAGAGUAAUUCUGUUUUCCUUACCUACAAAAUAUCUAUCAAAACAUUUCAUCUUCUUGAUGUAAUUUAAAAUUAACUAGAAUUCUGAAAAUUUAAGUUUAUGGGAAUUUCUUCAAUAUUUCAAGUUAAUUAUUCAAAAACUAUUUUAUAAUCGUAGGUAAGGAUUAUCAUUGGUUUCAGUAAAUAUUACAUAUACAAUUGAAAUGUGACGAAUGAAUUUCUGAAUUAUUUCUUUGUUAAAAUUGGGUAAACUAUAAAAAUCUCCCCCUUGUUUUGAUAUAUUUAUAUCCUUUUUAAUUGUUAUCAUCAGCUUUGUUUAUUUAUCAUAUUUGUUAUUUGGUAUUUGAUUUUAUUAUUUAUUUUUAAAAUUUCAAAAUAAUGCAUUUCCGUAAAAUUAGGGGAGAAUCAGCAAAUUGAAAGAUUUAUUAUAGAAGUGUUUGUCCAAAUCAAUGUUGUUAGCAUAUUGAGAUGAUCAUAUAGGGUUUACAUGAGUUUAAUCACACUAAUUGAUCUUUUGUGAAAGCAAAAAUGAGGCAUAGAAUGAUAUAUUUUCGAACUUUUCAACUUUCACAAAGGAUCUACUAUGGCUUCGAAACUUUCUUCGAAGUUAAUUGUUUCGAAUCAAUGAAUUGUUUUAUCUGCUCAAUUACUAUUCAAAGUAACGAACUAUUGUUUCUGCAUUUUUAACCAAUUAAUAUUAAAAGUUUUUAUGAUUAUUGAUUUAUGGAUGAACAAAAACUUAUUUGUGUGUACUUCAUUAAUUUUUAUUAAAAUGGUGUGUUUAA